CUAAGUUUGGUGGGCAAGGCAUUGCACUAGCCACUACCAACUUGCUGCUAGCCACUACCGGUAGGUACAUAGGUACCUACUACCUACCUAAGGUACCUAGGUAGGUAGGUAAACCCACUACCUACCUAGGUAGGUAGGUACCUAAUCUGACCACUAUCUAUGUAGGUAGCUACCUAGGUACUAGCCAUACAAGCCACACCACCAGGGAUGCCUCUUCCAAAUGCAGUAAUAGAUGUGGGACAUGGCGCAUCUAAGGCUCCACCCAGGCUUAAGUGGUGUUUAAGUGGUGUUGAAGUGGUGCAGGGAAGGCGCGGCGCCCCCAUCCUGCCGUCACCUGGACAACCAGAUUAACCAGACAGGCAAGCAUGACGGCCCAGGUAAAUAUGAUCCCUCCAUCCAUCUCCAGCUGUCGUGACAUCGUCGUGACAUCUCCCUGCCCAUCACAUCAAUCAAAGUAAUAAUCGAAGCCUCUUAUCACCAUCACCUGUACAUCGCCCGUAAUUUGCCGAAAACACCGUUCCGCGACCUACCUCUCGCAGGUCUCGAUCGGCCUCUUGCGAACGCUGGCUAAGAGACUCAUGUGCUAGUAGUAGCUCUGGCUCUAGCUUGGUACUCGCUGUAUAUACCUGCAUUCCUCUAUUCCUCUGUCGCCUCCAAGUCUCGCCAACCUCCAAACAAGAAAUCAACAGCAUCGUCUCGGAUUCGCGCCAUUGAGACGGUCAUAGAGCGGAGGAAGGAUGCCUGCCGAUACCGAAGGGCCGACAGUGGCACUGUCGUUCGCCAACAACUUCUGGGGCAAAGAUGACGCUGGCGUCGGACCCUUGCUUGAUCGCAUGGCCUCUGCAAAGCAGACGAGCGAUGAGCUGAGGUCAUUCUAUAGCGCACGCGCAUCCCUCGAAGAUGACUACGCUCGAAAACUCAUGUCCCUGUCGCGAAAACCUCUGGGGUCGCACGAGAUGGGAUCUCUAAAAACAUCGCUUGAUACUGUCCGCGGCGAGGUCGAGUCCAUGGCCAAGCAACACGCCAACAUUGCUGCCCAGAUGAAAUCAGAGCUCGAAGAGCCGCUGGCUGCCUUUGCUGGCGGUAUGAAGGAACGUCGGAAGAUUAUACAAAACACGGUUGAGAAAAUAUUGAAAGUCAAAAUACAGCAAACACAUACUGUGAAUAAGACACGAGAUCGCUACGAGCAGGACUGCCUCAGAAUAAAGGGCUAUCUGGCACAAGGGCACAUGGUCAUGGGCCAGGAGGAGCGCAAGAACAAGGCCAAGUUGGAGAAGACCCAGAUCAGUCUCGCCUCUACGAAUGCCGAGUACGAGUCCGCAGUCAAGGCUCUCGAGGACACGACGGCUCGCUGGAACCGCGAGUGGAAGGCCGCUGCCGAUAAGUUCCAAGACCUCGAGGAAGAGCGCUUAGACUUCUCAAAAAGCAGCCUGUGGACAUUCGCUAAUCUUGCCUCCACCGUCUGCGUCAGCGACGAUUCGUCUUGCGAGAAGAUUCGCCUAGCGCUCGAGAAGAUGGACGUUGAGGACGACAUUGUUCAUUUCAUCAAGGAAAAGGGCACCGGUCAAGAGAUUCCUGAUCCGCCCAAAUACAUUAACUUCUGUCGGGGCGAUGUCGAUGACCACAAAUCUGAUGAUUCAGAUGAGGAGAACUACUCUGUUGCCCAGUUUCCGCGCAGCAUUAAUCCAGCCUUCCGAACAUCCUCACCACAGCCCUCAACUCUGGAGUCUCAUCAUGAUCCUAACUCCGCCCUCGCUCGGGAGCUGAGUCACCAGGAUCCCAUAUCACCAUCACAUGUUGAACCUGCUGCUGGCAUUCCUCCGCCGACCGACCAUCCCGCUUCGACCAUGCCACCACAAAACAGCUAUCCUACUGCGAUGUCUCACCAGAGUGGUCGUCCGGUGGGCGCGCCUCGUCAGAAUAGUUAUCCUCACCCUGGCCAUGCACACCCUAGUCAUUCUUCAGCCAUGAGCUACCCGGAUCACAAUACUCAUCCUUCGGCCAUGUUGCAUCAGAAUGCCCAGCUUCCAGGCAUGGUUCCUCAAGACCCAUACGGCAGCCUAGAUCGACGUGGUGCCCCUUCGAUGCAGCAAUAUGACCCAGCUCAGUUUUCUGCAGUGCCUCAUGACCCCUACCCCAUGGACGGCAUGACGAUGCUCUGUCGUACAGACGGAGCGAACUCGGCGUCUAACCACAAGCAACCAUCACGCUUUGACAAUAUGAAGCCCGCUUCUAUAGCACCUAAUGUAUCUUCGCGUACCGAAACAUUCGCGCCUAGUAGGAAUUCCGAAGUACCGGCGCGGGUAGAAGCCACAAAUUCGGCAAGUAAUUCGAGCGUAGUAGCACGGUGGGAUACAAUGAGAACCUCGGCCACAAGUUCAAACAUACAGCCACGUAUCGACGGUUUGAACAGUGCGGCCAAUUCGAGUAUAGCAGCACGUCGCGAGGACCUGAGAUCUUCUACGUCCUCGGAUGUACAACCGCGCCUUGAUGGCAUCAGUAAUGCGACUAGCACUAACAUAUCACCACGUUCCGAGGGCAUCAGCUCAGCUACAUCGUCGAAUGCGCGACCGCGUAUUGAUGGCUUGAAUAGUGCGACGAGCUCCAAUAUAUCGGCACGCUAUGAUGGCGUCAACUCGGCCACUAGCUCAAACAUUUCUGCGGGCGACGACAACAGCGAAUAUUCAAAUCCAACUUCGUUCUCUAGUCAAGAACCGCCUAGUGGGAAGACUUCUCCAGUGAAACCGGAGCCCUCCGUAGCAGAGCCUGUAGCUGCCGAGCCGGAGAAGCGUAUGAUGAAAAAGAAAAGCGGCUUCUUUCAAAAUCACAGCCCGUUCCGUAGGAAGAGUACUAAGGAUGUGUCUAAAGACGCUCGACCAUCAACAAGGAACACUUGGGGUCCCGUGGCAUCACAAGAAUCUACCACAUCCCGUCGCGCCCCCCAGGUUUAUAAGCCGGAGGCAAGGACUUCAGUCUAUCCGACAGAGACGAAGAACGUGCUCAAGGACAGGACAGCUAGCCCUGAGCCGAUAGAUGCCAAUGCGUCCUUAGCAUUAAACGUAGGCCAGAAUGUUUUCCCAGUUGCCAACACAGACAAGCGUGCUCAACCUACUGCCAAAGACACCCAGCCGGCUGAGGAACUAGAUCCCAUUGCGGCUGCACUGGCUGAACUAAAAGGCGCUGCGGACAACAAGCAGGCGGCAACCCGAGUCUCUGCCGACCGCUAUCACGGUAUUUCUACGCCAAUUCCUGAUCGGACACACGAGCGGACACAAAGUCAUCCGCAACCGGCCGAAAGAACCCAAGAGAGACCUCAAACAAGAGCACAGGAGCGACCGCAGGAAAGGGCCCAAGAAAGGACUCAAGAGCGGACGCCAUUAUUUAGCCGGCCUGUACCAGCACCUAGGUCCGGUAGUGACGCAAGUACCGGGUUGAGAGGAACACCGCCUCCAUCCUACGAUACGCCGCCGGUGCAGAGACUGGGUGUACCGCCCCCGGCUGUCACGUCAAAGGCCAUGCAAGAGUCGUCGAGGAAGUAUACGGGGCAGACGAGACAGAUGCUUAGCUCCAGCCGGCCUGCAUCCGUUUACAACAGCACUCCGUCGCGCCCGGCAACGAGACAGGCUGAUGUACCGCGGGCGGCUUCCCCAGCACCACCGCGAAGCGUGUCCCCUCGACCCACAACCCGGGGUGAGACACGACCAGAGACACGACAGGCACCACGGUCAGCUUCGCCGAAUCCAUACAGUAGCAGUGGCAGCACUCGACCGGAGACAAGGCAGGGACCCCGGUCAGCUUCACCAAACCCUUACGGCGGCAGCCAACACGGAGGCUCCCCGCAGCCCACGAUGACGCCGCAGCGCGGGUCAGAGCAAAGCUACUAUCAAGCAAACUCUCCAGGUGGCAACCACUCCAGGACGGCAUCUCCGGCUCCAUACCGGGGUGACUACAAUCGCCCAGCAAGUAGGGCUAGUGCGAUGGCGGUUCAGCUUGCGCCAGUGGGAGGCGAAGGGUCCGUUUACGGGUCGGUGCGCAGCAGAGGCAGCGGCGGGGGGCGGCCAGGCACGAGCCACAGCUACCGGGCCCCGAGCGUUUACGACGGUGGCGACAACCGAUGGCGAAGCGGGAGCGUGGCGGACCCGUCUCGGCAGUAUACACCCGAAGGACGAGCUAUUCUACACUACGCACGCGCAUUGUACAUGUACCAGGCGGCCAUCCCGGAGGAGCUCGGGUUCGCAAAGGGCGAUAUCUUGGCUGUUCUUCGGCACCAGGACGACGGCUGGUGGGAGGCGGAGAUCCAUUCCGGCAAUGGUGUUGGGCAGGGUGGACUUGUUCCUAGCAAUUACCUGCAGCCUUGCUGAUACGAUAGUGAGGUUAUUGAAACAGAGUUAUUGAAAGCCUCGAUGUAUAGCGAAUUGUGGGCUCGAAGAAGAGUGCAUAGCUUUUGUUCACUGCAUAUACCAUAUUACAUGAUGAUGACAGGGAGUUCAUGGCGCAAAUGAAUUUUCAGUGUUUUUGAAACACUGCAUUAUGUGUAGCGGAAUUGAGACUGUAUAACCAUAUGAUGCUCCCAUCGAUAGAAGACCUGAAUAUAGGUAUUGUGUUAACUAGGUACCGGUAGGCAAGUUCGUCGCCUCGAAAGUCAGGCUUGAACCUGUCUCCCCCUGAAACCAGUGACGUGAUGUUAUGUUCCAUGGCAGCUGCCAAGCCACCCUCCCACCCCGCCAACCACAU